AUGAUUCUUGGCUUCGGUGUUAUCCAUGACUUUGCUUUUAGAGAUUUCAACUGGAACUUUAUUUUUCUUGCUCCUUUUAGAGAUUUUGCUAAUAAAAAGCCCCUACCACAUCAGAAGCUGAAAGCCGAUGCUGAUAACAUGUGCUUACUGCAACAAAGAGCAAAAGACUUUGCUGAUAAAAGGGCCUUACCACAUCAGAAGCUGGAAGCCUAUGGUGAUAACAAGUGCUUACCUCAUCAAAUGUCAGAACACCAUGCUGAUAAGAAUAGCUCAUCACAACAAGCCCCUAAAUACUAUGCUAAUAAGAAGUGCUUAGAACCAACGAUACGUUGUGAAAUUUGUGAUAUUAAGUUUAGUCCCAAGUGUUUGAAAGGUCAUAAUAAUGGAAAGAAACAUAAAAGAAGGUUAUCAAAGCUACGUGAGAAAUCAAUGAAACAUAAUACUUCAAAUGGAGAAGAGAUUAGACAUAUUCAAAGUUCUCAAGUUAAUCCAGUAGUUCAACCUAAUAAAGUUCCUGCUGAUGCUUCUAAAAGGAAACACGCGGAUCACACUGGUGCAAAGGAUUGCGAUUUCAAGGUAGAGAAUGUGAAAAAAGGAACUUCUAGAAUAUUAAAAUGCUAA